UUAAAAAAAGGAAAUAGCGUAUAUUUCUUUUAUUAUAAUAUUAAAAUAAAACGAUUAAGCGAUAAAUUAAAUUAUAAAAAACUUAAACCUUUUAAAAUUAUUAAAAAAGUUUUAUUAAUUAAUUAUAAAUUAAAACUCUUAAAUAUAAUACGAUAUUAUUUAGUUUUUUAA